CUUCUGGCCGGGCUGUACUCUAGCGCCCUCUAGUGUUGCGGCGGCGCCGCCUGUGGGGAGGGCUGUGCUGUAUCCAGGGGCCGGGCCGCUUCCAUCUCCGUUACAGCCUGCUGUUGCCGCUCGUCUUCCCGGGCUUCCUGGGAGGAGAUCCGGCAUGUCAGAGAGCUGGAGCCUGAGUGUACAGAGCGGCGGCCCGAGAUCCAGGUACCGGGACGCACCUUCCAGCCGAGUGCAAGACAUCGCUGAUAUGUUGUGAGGAACAUGGACGUCUCGUUAGAGGUUCUUCUAUCUACCAGCAUCAAGAGGAAAAAGCCGUGUCCCAGGCUGUGUUGGUUGGGCCAGGAGAAGGAAGGCGUGUUCCUGGUUGAUGAGCGGCAGGUCAGUGAGGUGAAGCUGCGGUCUGGCCAUGUGAAGAGGACGUUAUUGAAGAAGAGCAGCAUUGUGAUCCUUGCUACGUCUGAUAAUGGAGCCUGGCUGGCCGCCCUGCACCGCACCGGGGAGCUGUCUCUGUGGAAUAAGGAUUUGGACUGUCUGCAGAUCAUUCCGACUAACGGCGAGAUCUCGGAGGAAAUCGUCUCGGCUCAAGGAAACUCCUUGAAGCUGCACCUUUAUGUGUGCGAUGACGGAAGCAGGGUUCUCCUGGCGACUCACACCGGCACCGUCUACCUGUGGGAGAACACCGAGCAAAAGCCUCCACCCCUGCCCCAGAAGAAGAGGGUCCUGCCGAGCCGGUGGAGCAAGAUAGAGCAUGGUGACAGCGGCGUGUUCCCCAGUGCGACGGACAGGGAGGCGACUGUGCACGCCAUCUUCAUCAAGAAUGAGGUGCUGGGUGACUGCUGCUUGUGCGCGUUCCUCUUCUAUUCAGGACUACGGCUUGUGAUGACUUUCCUGGCUCUGCAAUGGUUUGAGAAAGAUCAGAAGCUGCACAGUGCGGCCCCAUACCAUGUUCAAUGGACCACGCAGGACCUGUCUGUGGUCGGCAUCGCUCCGUCCUGCGCACCGGUGAAAUCCCGAGGCUCCUUGCUGGCUCGCUUCUCCAGAGACGGGUCCGUUCUGACCGUGGCAUUAAACCAAAAAGACCCGAAGGAGACCCGUGUCCUCUUCAUAAACACCAUGAACUUCGUCACCGUGUGCGGCAGCCUGAGGGGGUGCGGCAGUAGGGAUCAGCCGAUCCCACCCAGAUUGCUACGGUCGUACUGGGUGGCAGAUAUGUCCUGGACUGUGGACAGUCUCUUCCUGGCCUGUGUACUGAAGAGAGGGUCUCUGCUCCUGCUGACGCGGAUGGGUGAACUCCUGACUCUGACAACCUUUGGAUGUAGUGUAGAAUUUGGCCCGGCAGAGUUUAUCCCACUUCAUCCAUUCAUUACAUACAGACCCCCGGUGCCGUUGGCAGAAGCCUCUAAUCCCAAUGACUCGCUGGGGUCGGUGGCCUCAGAAGUGGAUCUCAUGAGACAGAGAUAUUCUGUGACCUGUCACCCUCGUCUUCCCUACGUCUUGGUGUCCGAUGGAUAUAUGGUGACCGCGCUGCGCUUCGCAGAAAACGUCUCCCCGCAGAACUUCAUGAAGUCGUUACUGCUGGACACGGCCCAGAGACUGGAGAACGUGCGGCAGGUCCUGCAGAUCGGGAAGUCAAGGAAAAAUGGCGUCAUGCUGAGGCCGCUCUCUUCAUUAAAAGCCACGUUACUGAAGGACCCUUGGAAAGCGCCCUCUACGAUGUCAUCUGUACCAAGCUUCCUACAAGAGGAGGAGGACGUCUGCGGACACCUGCAGAAGGUGCUUGCCCAGGAGGACAGUGAGGAGUCCGAUCAUCCAGAGGACUAUAGACCUACUGCCCCUGCGGGCAGUACCUUCAGCAGAGCUGAGCAGGGCAGACUUGAAUUUGCUUCCAUGUUUGAUACAAUCCACGCCAGUGAUCAAUACAUAGAGAAGAGCGAUGUCGUGGGUGAGCUGCUGCGCAUACAGAGAACCAUACUGAUGGCCUGGGCGGUCGGAGUGUCCAUGGGUAACGUGGCACAGACAGGCACCUUGCUGCGCUACACCGUGGGCUGCCUGUCUCACCUCCUGUCCAUUCUCCAGAACCCCAAAUGUCCAACGCUCAAAUCGGAUAAAGGGAAAUCGAGAGGCGACCCAUGGACGUCCUGUGUGUCUGUCUUCCACCAAUGCCUCACGGCGCUCUCCUGGGACGUGGCUCCACGGCAGACCAUCAGUCACGUGAUAAAACUGACCGCAGAGACCCUCAAGCUAAUCCUUCUCCAGCAUCGGCAGCUCCACUCCAAAAGUCUCCUGGAAGGCUUCUGCCUGUUAAAGAUGGCGGCCCGAAGUUUGAAGGCAAUGUACACGUUGAGGUUUGAGGCACCUGCAACGGACGACGUGGCUCAUGGUGACUUUCUGAAGACUCCAGUGUUCGAAGCAAUGAAACAGCCCAUCAUGGGGUCACCUCUUCAGUGCAUUAUUAAGGAACCCCCAAAUUUAGGGGUUACUAUGAAGUCAGAGAAAAGGUUGGCGGUGCUCUGGCGUUUCUUGUAUGAUCAGACCCUUCAGUACCAGACACGAUUAAGAAAGCAGAUUGCUCUCCACCAGUCUAUGCAGUCGGCACUGGAGGUCCAGAAUGAGGAGAAAGCCAUUAGGAACCUAUUAUGCCAUAUACAGGCCGAGCUCCAGAGCGGGGGAGGACGUUUAUCGGGGGGCGUACGUCUCCUUCCAGUCACUGGGGAAGAAUAUUUCUUGUUGGGAUCGUACAGAGAGUCGGUAGAGUUCUGGAGAAAAGCACUACCGGAGACCGCCGAUCGAGGCGGAAGGAGGAGUGGGUUACUCCAGACUCGCUAUUACCUGGCGGUUCUAUACUGCCACCUCUACCACUACAACCUGACUGAUGCCCAGGGCGUGUGCGACCACCUGGUGAGAGAGCUGCUGAUCCGAUCCAGUCUUCUCCCCGAGACCGAGCAGAGUAUUGAGGGGGACAUCACCGCAGCAGAUCCCCUGACUAGUCGCAGACCAUUGGAGCGGGUGCACCCAGAUGCCGCACUUGCCGUGAUCCGAUCUAUGGGCAGGUUUAUGGCGGCAUAUUUCACCAACCAGCUGCUGUAUGUGUUUCCUCCACACAACGUCUGUGUCCUGCCUCCUCUUCAUGCCUCUACAGAUAAGCUUCCUCGAGUUGUCCCUCUGCAGCACAGUACAGUAGCCUGCAUGGUCAGAGACCAGAAUCUGUCCAGCGUCUGGACGGUGGAGUAUACUCUGGACCUGCUCCUUGUUGGCGGCCUGAUGUCAGAAGCAGCGUGGCUGGCGGACAAGCUGGGAGACUGGAAAAUGUCCGUCUCGAUGGUGGUGGCUUAUAACCUGCACAGAAGCAGCGUCGCCGAGGAACAGAAAGUAGAAUUUCCCGCGAUGCCUCUGUGUCUGUCUCCUGCACACAUAUUCCAGGACAAGCUGCAGUCCUUCCUAGGACAUCCACCCGGUUUAGAAGCCAAAAAUAAGAGCCAUGCCGAAACAAAGCAAUUCACGGAUCCCAUUGAGGAAGAGGAUGCAGACAUACUGUUCAGUUCUGUGCAAGAGAUGUUGAAGGCAGCGGUAAUGGCCGAUGCAGAGAUUCUCACUAUAACCCUACACCAACUGAUGGAGUCUGCGAAGGAACUCGGCGGAAAGCUCUCCGGGUUAGUGCCCGAGCGCUUGUAUCUCCCAGCACCACCGCUCUACUGUCCGCAGCCUUCUUCAGUCAGCGAAGAGGAUCCCAACGAUUUGCUCCUGGAGUUGGAGAAGCGCAGCCGUCAGAAACUGUCCGGCGUCCUGCAGCGUAUACUCCUGCUGUUACGUGCGGCCCAUUGCUCUCUUCCCACUGCCCAGUGGUACAUCAAGCAGAUCAAGCGAGCAAGAAAAAUCAUGCAAAAGAUUAGAGCUAAAGUUUCUCUGCCUCCUCUUGAAUCACUUCCCGAAAACUUGCUUAAUUACGCCAACAGUAGGACUGUGUUACUUAAGCCGGGACCAAGCGGCGAACCUAUGAAUAACCUGGUAUCCUGCAGUGUAAUAGUGUGUUUCAGGGAGCUGUGUGCCCUGUGCUGGAUGCUUCACGUGCGGGAGCGAUUGUCCAUCAGCUGCAGACAAUACCAGAAGGCCAGAGACAACGGCAAACUGUUUAAGAGCGCGGAUGAGGUGGAUUCCUGUGUGAUCGAGCAUUGUUUCCAGGCGUUGGAGUGGGCCUGUCGCAUGCUGCCAUUCACGAGGGCUACAAAUUGUGAAGAGCUGAUACAAGAUCUCAUCCUCAGCCUGAUCAGCGAGCUGCCUACAGUGAAGAAGGUUGCAGAGAUUAUGGUCAGAGCUUUUCCCAAUCCUGAAGACGUCCGGGUUCCCUUAAGGGAAAAGUACCAGUCAGUUCAGCAGCGAUUGAGACACUCCAAAAUACGAGGACUCCACGGUGAGGAGAUGAUGUCCGUUAUCAUCCACAACAUGCAGAGGUCGCAGUUGAAGACUCUUCGACGCAUCCAUAGAAACAUCGGCCCGGUGGAGAUGCAUGUGUGGGAACCCUCUCUGGAUGAAACCCUAGGGGAUGAGUCUCACUGCUAUGAUAAGUUCUCGCUGGGCACCACUAGUCUCAGCAGGAGCACGCUCACUGACCUGGGCAGGCCGCAGAUUUACAGCGACACGGACACUCUAUCUGAUGCAUUGGUGUGGACUGGAGCAGAGGACAGAAUGGAGUCCAGCAUUCCUCCGGCUGGGGCUGUGAACCCUAGAAAGCCGAGCAAAGCCGCCAGUAAGAAACCAAGUGCAAAAAGACAAGCGUGCAGCGAGUCGGGACCUUCUCCACCUAAAGUCGGCACCUGGGAGUUUGAGUGUAAUGAUGAGGAGUACACCAGAUUUCUAGAUCUGUUCCUCAGCUACCUCUUGGAGCGAGAUCUUCUUCAUAGCAGUGAACCGGGGAUCCCUUUCCUGACCGCGUUCUCUCCACAGCUCCGGGAGCAUGAGCUGAACUCCCUCGUCUUUGACGUUCACACCACCCUGAAGCGCAAGCUGGUGAGAGCCGGGAUGAGAAGCGUGUUUAGGGCUGGAUCCUGCUUUACUUUACAAUCGGAAAGUUUAAGGGACUCUGUGGAUAUGGAGGCUGCAUCCCCUCAAACGCAAGGUGCAGCUGAGCCUUCCCAUGCCCCCUGUCCUACGGUGGUGCUGGGGAAGCCGCUCAUCUCCAGCAAGAGAUCCUUCUCCAGCCUCACCUCGGGACGGUCGGUCAGAAGUGGUCUGUUUGGUCUACAAGACCAAGGAACAAAGAAGCGUAAGGACUAUGACAUCAACCUGUCGUCUUCAUCCCUCCCGUCUGCUCCCAAACAUGAGCAGCAUACGUACAGGCUAAUCCAGGGCAAACCCUGCACCCCUAAUGAAGAACUGGGGGACCAACUGCAGGCCAAGUACAGUCGUGAAGCCAAACUGGUCGAGUGGAUGAUCCGAUGGUCCGACCGCAGACUGUUCUGGAGCGCGGGUAAAGCAGAGCUGUGCCAUGUCCCUGCAACCACGGCAAUCCGUGUCAAGACCUCCUCCGCUGCAUUGCUCACAUCAAUAUGGCUGCUGGAGAAGCCUUACCUGGGAAACUCCUAUAUUCAACCUGUUCCCCCAGGCGAUCACCUCGUAGCUCCAGGUAUACAAAGUGAAGUUGAUUCCGAACUACAGGACAGAACCAGUGUGGUCCCCGGAUAUCUAGAGCCGGGCAGGUCUUCUCCAUACACAGUCCAUGAGCGAAAUAAUGUGUCGGAGGAGGAAAACUCUUCCCAGGCGUCAUCAGAAAUAAGACGGAGAAGCCCCAAACAAAGUCCUGAGAGGCAGCCUGGUCCUCAGGAAAAGUCGCAGGACGGCGCGUCUGAAAGCUACAGCCUGGACCAAAUAUCCAUACUGUCAGAAACAGAAGGCGACCAAGAAGAUGAACCCGAAACACAAAGAAGCGUGAAAAUCGCAGUCAGUAUCCGCCGUGCAGUACACGAGGGGGAGAACUUGUCCUGUGAGUCCAGACGUCAAGAUCCAGAGGAACCGAUCGACCCGGAAAGAACUGACGAGUCGCAACUUAGUGAACCCCUAGUUUCUGCUGGAUGCAAUUCUCUGGCGCCCCAGUCCGUCUCCAGCGCAGCGCCUUCUCUCCCGCCUCCUGCCGCAAAUCGGACAGAACCUGCCAAUCCUGAUGGAAACCAAAAUCCUCCAUCCGUCCACAGCUCCGAAGCCGUCAGACAACUUUUUCAAGAUGAAAUGUUCAAGCUCCUACAGCUCCAGCAAAUUAACUUCAUGAGUCUGAUGCAAGUGGUGGGCUCGUCGUUCGCGGCCAUGCCAGCGCUGCAGCACGUCUUGGAGCAAACCUCCCGAAUCGGAAGGAAUCCGACAGUGAACCCUACGAGUGAUCGGCAGAUCAUUAAUCCAGUCCUACCAGCAAAUGCAGCGGCAGCACCUGUGCCGGACACACCGCCGGAGGCGGAGGUAGUGCAGACAGGGAGCGCAGACACUGCUGCUGAGGAAGGGGCCAAGGACGAGCAGAGGAGCAUGAAGGAUGUGCAGAGACUUCCAGAGCUCAGCAUUCCUGCCCGCCAGGAACAGAAGAUCCCAGCGAGGAUGGGAUUAUUAAGAACAGUCCCUCAUCAAGGCCUGCCCUUAAUAACCCUUCCAUCAGGACCACAGCAGACCACAACUCUCAUCAGACUUCCAGCAACAAACAACCAAAAUGGAUUUCCACUGCUAAAACUGCAGCCAGAGCCCCAGUGCUUACCACUCAGACCCCCCCUCAGAGAAGCAUGGGCACCACAGAGCUCUUCCCAGAGGAUGUCCGCCCCCGUUCACCCCCCACUCAGAGAAGCAUGGGCACCACAGAGCUCUUCCCAGAGGAUGUCCGCCCCCGUUCACCCCCCACUCAGAGAAGCAUGGGCACCACAGAGCUCUUCCCAGAGGAUGUCCGCCCCCGUUCGUCUUACCCAGCCUACAGGUGCCAGUGAUCCCAGCAGAAAACAGAAAAGCCAAAAGUGGGCAGAGCUUGUCUCGGGGGUCCUCUACUCACAUCAUAGUUACCAGCAACCACAAGUCAGGCUUCUUGGAAGUGACCAGAUCCAGACGGGAAUGCCUCUGCUCCACCUGCUCUCAGAUCCCGUGCUCUAUAUCCCACCCGUUCAGGACCCCAGCCCCAGAGCGCCAGCCUUACUGCAUCUCUCUAAAGACCUUUCUGACCCGUGCACGUCUUCACCACUAGCAAAGAUGACAUUGCUAAAAACCAACUUACCUCAGCAAGUACAGAUUGAAGCCCAGAGAAGGGAUCCUGGCAUUACCGAAGAAAGUCUCCAGAGGAUGAAAGCGAACAUCCAGCCUUCUGAAGAUGUGGCAAAAGCGGGGGACAGUAUGAAAAGGAAAAACAGGCGCACUCUGAAGGACAAGAAUGAGAAGAAGGCAUCUGUGACGUUCCGUGGAGAAGACUCCAUCAUUGCACCUAACAAUCUGGACGAGGUCACGCGAUCUGAGAUUGUACAUCAUGACAAACAGGAUCUGGAAGACGGAAAUGAAUUUGUCAUUCCAUUCGGCUCUUUUGAAUCCAUGUUGUCGCAUCAGAUCCCAGAGGCUCCCAUCUCUUCUAUGGCAGAAUUACAUUUUAUAGCUUCCACGAUGAAGAGACCGCCGGAGAUUCGAGAUGCAAGCACCAACACUGACUCUGCUUCCAAAAAUGUUAAAGACAAAUGUUUGGAGUCAGAAGACUUCACCUCAGCUGCCGUUGUUCCUGAUCCAGUGUCUGUGGAAUCCCAUAUGCCUCUUAAGGACUCCAGGACGAAGCUUGAAGAAUUUCCUUGCUCUGCUGUGGCCGUCUCUCAUUCGGCUCCAGAGGUGCUGCCCCCCGACUUACAGGAGCAGAUGCCCCCACAGCUAUUCUUAAAUCUUCAAUAUCCGGAUGAACCGGAAGAGCCGCUCGGUCAUUUUGGACAUCGUAUAGAUGGAGAGGAAUUUCCAGACUCUGCUCGUCAGGAUCUUCCAUCUGCAGCUGAACUUCAUUACAUGGCGGCGUCUGCCACUAGAGCGGCGCCGCUGAUCCCAGAAGAUGUCCGCCACGGAGAUAUACUGGAGAUGGCACUGACGGAGGACUGGGCUGCCGAUGCUGCCGACAAGGUCACACAUCAUGUUCUGUCUUCAGAUUUGACAUUGGCCCCUAGAGUGUGGACCCCUCGCGUCAGGAGUAACGAGGCCACGUCCAGACUGAAGGAGAUGGACGCCCAGCUACAAGCGCUGCAGAACAUGGCCGAUGGCAUGGAGCAUGACUUUGCCAAUACAAAACUGCUGGUGAACACAUUGGAGACCUUAACAUCUGCAGUUCAGAUGGAGCCUAAAGACGCCCCCUCCAGAGGAGACGGACCCCCACAGAGAGUGCUGCCGUUAAGUGAUAUAAAAUUAGAAGACCUGACCGAGGAGGAUGAAUAUAACCUUACAAGCCCUGUGGGUAUCGGCUCUCGUGAGCGCCCCCUGGAGGCCUUAAUAUCUUCUAGAGGUGAUGGAGAUCACACCACAGCUCUCAGACUGUCAGAGACCAUGGAUGAAAGCACUGUUUGGCAGGACGCUCUGCAGAUGACCGGCCUUAGUGACAUUGCUGACAUUGUGGGUGAUCUCCUAGAUGGAGGAGCCUCGGCUUCUGAACUGGGGCUGACACCUGCCCAGGCAGAGAAAUUAUCCAGGGCGAGGCUCCAGGGGACAUCAAAGAGGACCCCGAGAGAGCGGGCGGAUCUGCUGUGGUGGAUGAAGACAAAGCAGAGGGAGCGUCUGGCCAAACACCGGAAGAGGCUGCAGGAGCUGAGGGAGAAGGAGCACAAACCCUUCGUGUCUCAGCAGGCUGCAAACCCAUCAAAGACAAUCCGGGAGAUGCAGCAUGUGAAGGGUGAGAGAGAUCGGUCUCUGUUGUCGGAGCAUCACAGUCAUCGGGUGUCAGAUGCCAUUGGUUUGAUGCAGGAAAUGUUGUCAGAAGCCAAGCAAAUUCCCUCUGCAAGUUCCCAGCCCAACACACCCCGAGUCUCCGUCUUCAGACACCAGACCUCAAAGUCUUCUCCAAAAGGGGCUCGCGGUGCAGGGCGCAGUUUGUCUGCCAACCAAGAAAAGCGCAGAUACACCUCCAGAGGCGGCGCUCCUCCAAUACGGUCCAUAUCUACUCCGGCGCGGACACAAAUAAGGGGAUCAGCAACCUUUGUGCUUCCAAAGAGCAACUGGGAACCCAAAAUCCGGACUCGCAGUACACCCAGCUACGCCGCCCAUAGGAGAUAUGAUCCGUCCCUGCCUGGUGACCGCCUUUCCCAAAUCACUCGUAGAGGGAUGCUGACUGCAAGGAACACCGGAAACAGUAAAAGUACAAAGCCCAUUCUGAUGUCCGCAGCAAAGCAAACGUCCAGACAAGAUAAGAGCAGUAAAGGAACUAGCCCGAUGUCACAAUAUGGUGAAUUCCAGCUAGAAGAAGAACAUGAAAGGGACAUUGUGAGCCCUUGGGAAAUCCCUGAUGACAUUAACAGGAUAUUAAACAGAAGCAGAAACUCGAUCCUGUCUCAGGGGUCUUUGAUCAAUGGAGAAGCAGAUUCCAAAAACCUUAACCUGGACAAUUCUUCAGAGAGCACAGGAAGUAUUCUUAGCAAGCUUGAUUGGAAAGCAAUAGAAGACAUGGUGGCCAAUGUCGGGGGUACCGAAAUAUAGCUGGAGAAGCUGCACUUUAUUGUUGGAAACCCCCCCAAAGUGGACCUGUAGGGGAAUUCUGUGACAGGAAGAGCCUAAGAAUUAAAGGAACACUCUAGACCAGGGAUGCCCAACCUGCGGCCCUCCAGCUGUUGCAAAACUACAACUCCUAGCAUGCCUCAACAGUCUACAGCAGGGCAUGGUGGGAGUUGUAGUUUUACAGCAGCUAGAGGGCCGCAGGUUGAGCAUCCCUGCUCUAGACAAACGGCUGCAUUGUGAUAUGACUGAUGCAGCUAGUCCUAGAUCAGCCCUUGUCACGCUCCGCCCACUCAGGCCCUGCACCUGAGUGGAGUGUUCCUUUAACAGACGCCCAUCAUCUUCAUUAGUUCCUGUGGUCUUAACUCUAGUUUUAUCUUCUGUAUCAUGUAAGGUUUUAUAAAGUUCAUUGAAUGGCUUAUUUUUC